GUAAUACAUAUACCUAAAAAUUACGACUUCACUGAAGAUAAUAUCGUUGAAGAUAAUAAUAUCAGUGAAAAGAUCAAUAUCAGUGAAGAUAAUAAUAUCAGUGAAAAUAAUAUUAAUGAAAAUAAAAUCGUCGAAGGUAAUAACAUUGAAGAAAAUUCGUCAACCGAAACGUUACUAACAGAGGAUGAAAAGAUCAAUAUGAAAUAUUGUCAAAAAAAAACAUGUAAUUUCAUGUUUCCAUAUGUUCAACUAGAACAAGAGACUCGCUCCAACAUUCAUACUCGUACUUACAUACAAUUAGCACGAUCUCUAAAUCGUACGAUGGUCCUAGUAAACGUUGGCAAUUCGAGACUUAACGCGUGUAACCCACAUCCAUUCAAUUUUUAUUAUGAUAUAGAAGCACUACAAAAACAGUAUCCAGACGUUCAAUUCAUAUCACAAGAUAAAUUUUUGAAAUGGACCAAAGAAAGAAAAAUUCGGCCAAUUGCACAACAUUCAUUGAUGAUUCAAGAUGAAAUCGAUAAUAUAACUAUGGGAGUAAACGAAGGAAUUAAAUUAAAAAUGAAAAAAAUGAAAAAACUUUGCAUAGAUCAAUUUAAUCUAAAUAUCAUUAAUUAUAUAGAAAUUCAUACAGGGUUUAAAGAGUUUACAACAAAAAGUCUCGAAAAAAUGUCACAACUUGCUAUAAAAACUCUAAAAAAAUCACCGAUGGCAAAAAAAUAUGAAGUAAUAAUGAUAUUAAACUUGUCAAAAAGGGAUAUGUUUUUUCUUAGUAGUGAAAAGUUAAUUCCAUAUUCACCAUAUAUUAUUAAAGAAUCUAAAAAAAUUACAAAGAAACUAACACCAUAUGUAGCUAUUCAUUGGAGAGUGGAGAGGGCAGAGCCAAAAAUGGUUCCAAAAUGCGCCAAGAAACUGAUUGAAAAAGUGAAAACAAUUCAAGAACAAUAUGGAAUAAAAAAUUUUUAUUUGGCAACAGACUUACCACUUAACGGAAAUAAAGCUCAAUCAGGAACAUUACAUGAAAUUUCAGAAUUUCAUAAAGAAGCUAUUGAAAUACUUGGAUUAAACAAUAAAUAUUCUAAUAAUUUAAAGAAUAGUUCCAAAUAUAAUAUAAAAUUCGAUACAUGGAUUUCGUUAAAUAGUUUCUCACAAAUUAGAGAUAAUCCAAAAUAUAAAAACGAAUUUAAAGGCUCUGGUAUACACGGAAUACUUGAUAAAUUAGUUUGCAUAAAUGCAAAUUAUUUCUUGAAGACACCAAAGGGUUGUGGUAGAACAUCAAGUAAUUUUGCGAGAGUUAUUAUUGAAGAAAGAAAAAAUUUGAAAAAGGAUAAUGUUUCAAAUUGGUGA